GAAUUGUUCUCCCCUAUAGAUAGCGAAAUCUUGUAUUUAAACAAAGAAGAGAUUUGUUGAGAUAAGAGAGAGUCAACAAAGGGACGGUGGCAACGCGUGCCGCGUGGAAGGGAGGAGUGAGUGAUUUUGGGCAUUUGUCCAGUCAUGUGAAGGGAACAGAGGAGAUAGAGGCGCUAAUGUCGGCGCGUCGGCGCCAACGUGCCUCUCUGAGCAUAAUUAGAAGAUUGGAGUUGACGCUGUCUGGUCGUUUCGUAUGGGAGAGGAAGCCUAUGUGCUUGCUUUUGCCUGUACCAAUACUCCUAUGCUUGCUUUCUUAUCCUUGGCUCUACUGCUCCUUUUGAGCAAGACACAAAGGGUCUUAUACUUGCCUGCACCUCAACAAUGGUAGCGUCGGUUUCCCCCACCGGUCGCUGUCGCCAGCGCUACGUCGACGGCUGCCGCCUCGUAGCUGGGUGCAUCCCUUACAGGUAUAAUAAUUCUUGUGAUACUUGCAAUGGUGAUUCACAGGGGAGACUGGAGGUUCUUAUGGUUACACCACACAGAGGCGAGGGCUUUUUGUUUCCAAAGGGAGGGUGGGAGACCAAUGAAACACAAGAAGCAGCAGCAUGUCGAGAAGCUUUAGAAGAGGCUGGGGUGAGCGGAGUUAUUAUGAAUUGUUUGGGUUCAUGGGAAUUCACAAGCAAAAGUUGCCAAGAUGAACAUGGUUUACAACGUAAGGUUUAUAUGUAUCUGCUGCAUGUCACCGAGGAGUUGGACUCAUGGCCUGAAGAUGCUGUUCGUGAGCGGAAAUGGGUCCCAGUGACAGAAGCAAUGGGCCUCUGUAAGAAUGAGUGGAUGCGUGAAGCUCUUGUAAAGUUUACAGAUUGUCUUGAAGGUGGAGAUACCUUAUGUUCAUCGCCUGUAUCUGGUGAUGAUUCGGCCUCAGAUUCUCUCUCACAUGUCUCAGAUGAACAACCUUCAGAGCAGCCUGCAUGUGAGGAAACGGUCCCUGCGCCUGCAGGUAUUUUAAGUGAUAAUGCUGCCAGUGACGAUGAAGCUCCAAGCUGCACGACAGAGGAAAACACAAGUUCUUCUUCUGAUUGAGAAGCCUUAUCGUAUUCUACAAGCACUGUAUUUUCUUCGUCUUGGCUUCCUCAACUGAUUGUUGUAACUGUUUGGCCUUUUUAAUGGCCCCUUUCGUAAACUAUGGAGGCUCUAGCCUUGAGAUAUAGAUUUGCAGUACAUUUUGUAAAGUUUCGGAGAGUUAAAUGAUGCUUUUCUUAUUCUUGUUUUGCCGUUA